CGAUUGAAUGAUUUCUCUAAUUAAAUUCGUAUUCCGGACCAAACAGGCAAACAUCAUUCCCGGAAGGAUUGGUUUACGAGACAACAGACGGGGAAAAGGGGAAGACACAGCGGAAUAAGGUUCAACUGCAUUUGUUCAGACGGGAAAAGCGGCGACCGACCUCAUAGCUUUUCGAUGGACAUCACGGCUUGCCCCUUCUGCCAUCUGAGAGUUCUUUCUGUAGAACUCGAAAGACAUGCAAACAGUCACUUCGACGAUGAAGACGUUGUUAACGAUUUCGAGUUGGGACGAGACGUUGCCCUUGCUCCUUCUAGUUCGCCCCAGGUUAGUAGUGCAACUCUCCGUAAAACUGGUGCACGGGAAAGGCCUGAGAGUAGCUCUUCAAGUUCUCGUAUGGAUGGUCGAACUUCUGAGGGGAGAGACUUGGGUGAACGAAUAAGCUGCUUAGUCAAUCUGCAGAUGAAGGGAUCUUUUUACCAUGUUGAAGGAGGCAUGAUUAAAAUGCUGAGAAGCUGUUUGGAGUUAGAACCUAAGAACUGUGUCAGUCUGUUGUGUGGUUAUGUAGAUCAUUUUGAAAGCAUUGCAUCAGAGGAUGUUGGAUGGGGGUGUGGAUGGCGCAAUAUUCAGAUGCUCAGCUCUCAUUUGCUCAAAGAAAGGCAAGAAGCAAGGAACGUUCUCUUUGGUGGCUCAGGGUUUGUACCUGAUAUCCCUUCACUCCAGAGAUGGCUUGAAAUUGCCUGGGAACAAGGCUUUGAUAUGGAUGGGUCGAAAGACUUUGAUCAAGAAAUCUAUGGAAAAAGAAAUUGGAUUGGAACUACAGAAUGUGCUACCCUCUUCCGUUCUUUUGGUCUUCGUGCUCGAAUUGUGGAUUUCUGUAGUAAGACAAUUGCACCGAAGGUUUAUGGACCUAUGGACAAAUAUGUGUCCAAGUGGAAAAACAAUGUUUCUGACCCUGUAUCCUUUACACAUGAUGCAAAUGUUAAGGGACAGGAGGUUCUCAUUGAUUGGGUGUGGAAUUACUUUUCUGACCCUAAGUGUACAAGAUCUGACAAUAGACAUGUCCUUGUCAGUCUGAAAGCGCCAUUGUACUUCCAACAUCAAGGCCACUCAAGAACAAUUGUUGGGAUUCAAAAGAAACUUCAGAAAAAUGGCUCAAAGCAAUACAAUCUUUUGAUCUUAGACCCUGGCCAUAGAACCAAAGAUCUGGCAAAAUCUCUCAGAGACAAUGAUGGAUGGCAAAGGCUAAUAAAAAGAGGUGUGCACACUCUGAGGAAGCCACAAUAUCAGUUGUGUUUUAUUGAUCAUGGAGUCGCUUUUGGGGAAGAGGUUGAAAAACUGAAGAACUUACAAAGCAUUCGUCAUGAAUUUUAGUUUUGCUAUCAGGGUUGAGUGGCUUCUUAUUUCCAGGGUUGAGUUAAUGAUUAACCACUUUUGGAAGAGAAUGUGCUCUUCAGGUGUCUCAGAGAAAGCUAAUUUAUUUUUGCAGUUCAGAUGCAACAUACACUUCGACAAAUUAAGGUAAACAUUCAGGUUGUAUCUUAGUAAAAUGUGCUUACAUAUGCUAGAAAAACAAAAGCAAUAUUGGAGGAUGCUCCAAGAAGGAAGAGAAAGGUGGGAUGGCUUCACUUGUGCGUUAACUUUCUUUCUAUUUGGAAGUGAAUGUUGGUAUGCAGAGAAUGCAUUUAAGUAGGGCACAUGUGAGGUUGGCAGAUGAGUUCGCUUAGUAUACGAGACAGUUUAUGGUAGCUAGAGAUGGUUGUUGAGAUGAAGUACGAAAACAUUUGUUAAGGUGGGUCAAGAGAGAUUUCCAUAUUUGAGCAUCCAGUUCAGACUCUCAAAGGGGGAUCUUACUAUUAGCAGUGAGUUUCAGUUUUCAGGGUAGCCAGCCACUCAGGCAAAGAUGGUUUAAUUAUGGCAGCUUCAGAGUAGUUAUAAUAGCCAUAGUAAUAACAUCAAGCAAUUAGCAUAUACUGGAGAAUCAAAAUCAUCCAUGGUAUGGUGCUUCAGAUUCAAACUGUUGCAACAAUUCCAAUCAAUCAAGGGUCUUUAGCUCUACAGCCUGUGUAUGGAGACAUGGAGUUUGCUCCCUCGUUCAGUUAUUUUUAUAUUUGUCCUUUCAUUUGCACGUUUGAUCCGCGGAAUAGGCCUAGAAUGGAAUGACAUUUGUAGGGAUAGACCUAUUUUAUUGUUUGUUAAUGCAUUUUGUUCUCGGGGAA